AUGAAAGUGAAGCAGACCAUUUUCUUGUUCACUCUCUUGUUGGCUCUCUUCUCCGCUUGCGCUCUUGUACAAGCUCUUUCCCUCUCCGCUGUAGAGAAAUUGAUUCGCGAGAGAGUUGGUCACAAGAAAUUCAACAAAGUUGUCGACCGAUUGGCUAAUUCCUUGCUUUCAGAAAUUCUUCCAAAACAAACCGAACAAAGCGAAGAAGUGUUUGAAGAACAAGCAGAUGCCAUGUGGCCAGAUAUUAGAUGUACCAAUGUCGAUAAUUCACUCAAUGUUAGAACCGCUCCUUAUGGUUCAAUUGUGAAAACUUUGGGACCUGAAACUCAAGUCACUGUCUUUGAUGUCACCAAUGCCAAUGACGGAACUAAGUGGGCUAAAAUUGGAAAUGGACAAUGGGUUUCUGCUCAAUAUUUGAAGAUGUCUUGUGCAAACGCAUUAACUAGAUGUACCAAUGUUGACAAUUCUCUCAAUGUUCGAGAUGCUCCUUAUGGUAAAAUUGUGAAAACUUUGGGACCUGAAGUGCAAGUGACUGUCCAUGAAGUGAGUUAUGCCAGUGAUGGAACCAAGUGGGCUAAAAUUGGAUACAAUCAAUGGGUUUCUGCUCAAUAUUUGAAGAUGUCUUGUUCAAAUUCUGGAAACAACAAUAAUGGUGGAGGUAGUCAAGAAGAUCGUGCUACUGUAACUCUUUCGAAAAUCUUUAGUUCUGAAGGAAAAUGUCAAAAUUGGGCCUCUGACAGUGGAAAUGAAUUCCAAGGUAAAAUUGGUUAUACUUGCAUGGGAGUCACUCCAUCUGAAUGCUGGGGCAAUCGUAACUCAAUCUUUGCUCCUCUCUACUCUGGUUUCAAUGGUCAUCCAGCUGACUUUUGCAAGUACGCCUAUGACAAGAAUCCAACUGUCUACAAACAAUGUGCUGCUCAAUUGUACGAACAAAAUUAUUUCGGACCUGGAGGAUGUAAUCCUUUACCAAUGCCUGCGUUCUAUGUGUGUGCAGAUAUUGCUGUGAAUUCUGGAGUUGGUCGUUCCCGACAAUAUAUUGCUGAAUUGGGAGGUUAUAAUGGACAAGAUCCAAAACAAUUUGCUAGAGCUAUGAAUGAGAAACAUCGUGAGGAUUAUAAGAGAUGGGGAUGUCCAACAUGCAAGAAUCACGUAUUCCUUGCUGGAUGGUUGGCAAGAGCUGAUGAAAGAGAUCGUUUUAUUGAUAGUUAUUAA